AUGUCUUCGAAGAAAGGGUUUUUUGGUAUGAAUACAUUGAAACAAUUUGAUGCAUUUGCUAAGCCUUUAGAAGGAGUUCAAAUGAAAACUGUAUGUUUCUUUGCUCUGUUUUCCAACCAUUGUUUUUUGAUGGUAUCAAAUUCGGUUGAAUAUCUUGACAACACUGAAGAACUUUUUGCUGACACAUCGCAAAAUAAAAAGUUACAAAUAAAUUUUGAUAUUGUUGUUCUUAAGAUAUCUUGUGAUUUUUUAAAUGCAGUUGAAAAUUCAGGUGUAACAAAUCUGCAAGUUGAUCAUAAUAUUUAUAAAUGGAGAUUAAAUUUAGGAGGACAACCAAUUAGCAAUCCUGAAAAAUCUGAUGGUAUGAUUAGGUUUACAUUAUUGUUGGUUAUAUCUAUUAAAUGUUGGUAG